AUGGCAACACCAAACACGGGAGGAAACAAUUCUAUACCUGCGGUACGAAAUCAGGUUGAGGUUCAGGUUGGGUUAGUAGGGGAUGCACAGGUCGGGAAAACAUCGCUGAUGGUGAAGUACGUACAGAAUAUAUACGAUAAGGAAUACACACAGACACUGGGAGUGAACUUUUUGAAAAGAAAAGUAAGCAUACGCUCUACGGAUAUUAUAUUUUCCAUUAUGGAUUUAGGCGGACAAAGAGAGUUCAUCAAUAUGCUUCCAAUUGCGACGGUAGGGUCUUCAGUAAUCAUAUUUUUGUUUGAUCUGACACGUCCAGAUACGUUGACUUCGAUAAAGGAGUGGUAUAGACAGGCGUAUGGGUUGAAUGAUUCAGCAAUCCCUAUUUUGGUGGGUACAAAGUACGAUUUACUAAUAGACUUAGAUCCAGAAUAUCAGGAACAAAUCUCGAGAACAAGUAUGAAAUACGCACAGGUUAUGAAUGCACCACUUAUAUUUUGUUCUACAGCCAAGUCCAUAAACAUUCAAAAAAUCUUCAAAAUUGCAUUGGCAAAGAUCUUCAAUUUGACAUUAAUUAUCCCAGAAAUAAAUGAAAUCGGCGAUCCUCUUUUAAUAUAUAAGCACCUAGGUGGCCAGCAACAUCGACAUCAUAACAAAAGUCAGGAUAGAAAGAACCAUAAUAUUAGAAAGCCCUCCUCUUCGCCCUCGUCGAAGGCAUCAUCGCCUGGCGUUAAUACGUGA